UGCCUCCCCUCGGUCCCUCCUUCGUCACCCCCGCCCACAACUGCUCGCCGCCCCCCGUCCCCGCAGCACUCUACUGUACAAUCCGCCGCUCUCCUUUGACCUCGCGCUCGUCUCGUCUCGUCCCUCUCCUUUGCCCUGACACGCACUGCACCGCACGCAAGCAGCAGCUGCUGCUGCCGGACGAGGACGGCGACGCGACCCUGGCCAGCUGCCUAGCUCGGCUCGGCCUGGUCGCCUCUCAUCACAGUUUCUAUGCCCAUUCCCUGCUAGAUAAAAGUUCCACCGCCUUCGCAUCGCAACAACUCCCGCCAUAACGCAGCGGGCACCACGAUCCGGUUCAAUUCCCCUUUCCUUCUACAUAUAGCUCCUCCGCGUCUGGUUCCAUCGGUCCCCGGCGGCGUCUUUCUUCUAACGACAGCACAACGUGCUGACGCCACCUACUUGAGCCGCCCGAGAGCCUAGCGAGAGAGAUUCCGUUCCCGUCUUUGCCCUCCUCGUGCAACACCGUCUCGCUCUCGCUUCCGGCUGCUGCCGCGCGCUCCGCUGGAGUGCUGGACCGAAGAGAACCUUUUCGAGGGGCUUGGAGGCAUCUGCUUGUCCCAUCCCCUUUUCGCGCGUGUUCCCCUGCCCUCCCGCCCACGCCCCCAUCGUCACCAGCACCAGCCUCGCUGCCUGUCGAAAAGUUCCAAUCUUGGAGCUACCCUGUUAUCACCUCCCCCCUGUCUCUCUCGUCCAGCCCAGCCCCCCCGCUCACGCCACGGUUUGGCCAUUCCUGCGCGCCCUCGCUAACACACUAACACCACCCCUCUUCAGCUCACUCCAGUCCUCUCGCUCGUCGGGUAAACGGCCGGGGCUUGAAUUUUGUUUGGCUCCAGCCUUUCAGGCGUACAUUUCUGUAGUCUUUGAGCUGCCAUUGCUGAGGGUGAGGGCGUUUGGUGGCAAUGGAGAGCCGAGGGAGGCGGCCGCGGAGCCCGGAGCGGCAAAGGCCGGCGGCGAGGAAGGUGCCGGUGGUGUACUACCUCACGCGGAGCCGCCACCUCGAGCACCCGCAUUUCGUCGAGGUGCCGGUUUCCUCCUCCACGGAUGGGCUCUGCCUCAGAGAUGUGAUCAACCACCUCAACAUGGUGCGUGGCAAGGGCAUGGCCGCCAUGUACUCGUGGUCUUGCAAGAGGAGCUAUAAGAACGGAUUCGUGUGGCACGACCUCGCCGAGGACGACCUCGUCAUCCCGGCCACCGACGGCGAAUAUGUGCUCAAGGGCUCCGAGCUCUUGGACCAACCUUCUUCGGGUCAAUUUUACCAUGGUAGUAAUGGCAACCAGAAGCAACAGAGCAGGCUGAAAGAGGGUGCACGAGAGGCUUCCUAUUCCUCCUCCCCUCCUAGUGUAACAGUGCGAGAAGCCAAGCCUCGGCGUGCACCUUCGAUACCAAUGCGAGAUGAGGACGACUCCCUCUUGCCAUGCCGGGUUAACUCCUCGGAGAACAUGUCACCAGAGUCAGAGGAGCCUCAGAGGACUGUCAUGUCAAGGGCUGGCUCUGCAAGUCCAGCAGAAUUCAGGGUUUACAAGCCCACAGGUUUGAUGGAUGCUGCGACGCAAACUGAUGAUCUUGGCAGAAGAUCGGCCCGGAAAGUUCCUGAGAUGCAUAAGAAGAGUCUGAGCACAGAUCACGACUCGGUAGUUCGUGAAGUUACCGAGUACCGGCAGCAAAGCCAUCCGCGCCGAUCAGCGGAGCUCCAGGGGAUUUCCAGGGAUGUCAUGUCCCAGUGUCCUACUCCAUUGAGCAUAGCUUCAACCCGUGGCAAGUCAGAGAGUUUAGAGUCAUUGAUACGAGCUGACAAUGCAAUGAAUAGCUUUAGGAUUAUUGAAGAGGAUGACAUUGUUGUGCCGACCUGCCCGAAGCUGAGGCCGGCCAAUGUACUGAUGCAGCUCAUCACAUGUGGUUCACUUUCAGUGAAAGAUCAUGACAGUAUUGGACUUGUUGGGGCAUACAAGCCAAGGUUCCCAAACCUGAAGUUCCCCUCGCCGUUAAUUUCCCGCUCCAUGAUGAUGGGUGAGCUCGAUUACCUAUCAGAGAAUCCCAGAUUCAUUGGGAAGCGGUUAGAAGAUAAGGAGUAUUUUAGUGGAAGCAUCAUUGAAACUAAGAUGCAAAGAGAAGUUCCCGCUGAGAGGCACUCGGUGCUUAAACGGUCUUCUUCCUACAACGCAGAAAGGGGUGGCGAGACCCUUGACUGUGCAAGACCCGAUGAAGAAGAUACAGUGUCACGCUCGAGGUGCCUACCCCGGACACCGAUACUGUCAUCCUUCCUGCACCCGAAGAGCGAGGCGCAUAAAUCCCCAGUUUCCGACUGCCGGAGGAGUUCCUCCGCCGGUCAAGACUCCAGCAUAGCGUCUGUGGACGGAGGGAGCAAGAGGUUCACCGAUGCGUCGGUAGCACCGGCGAGGAUAGACUCUUUCAGGAACGAGAAUAAGGACAAGCUCGUCAAGAUCGAAGAAAGUUAAGUGCUCCAACUCUUUGUCAGCACUGGGCUGUCGUCAGGAGCUCGCGUUGUGAUCCAGUGCACCGUGCCUUGGAACGACGGCGACGAAAGUUAAAUUCUGAAGCCAGAGCUCUGCAGCUUGACCUGGUGGUGUGUCGUAGUUGUGGGGAUCUCUCUCUAUGAGAGUUACCGACGAAAGGGAGAAGUACUUCGUGUUUCUUUCUGCAUAGUUGUAACUUGUAGUACUAAGUUAGAUUCAUUCUUCAGGCAUUCAAUCUGCUCUUGUAAUCUGGUUUCUUUAUCCUUUCUUUCAUUUCUUUGAAAUUUUGUUCUCAUUGUGAGUUGUAAGUGCUUGUAUCGUUCAUGUUUCUCUAUGCUUUCGAAGAUAACGCGUCAAGUUGAGGAGUUCAGUCGCU